AUGGAGCAUAUGUCGCAAGCGCCUGAUGCGACAAAAGAACAAAAACAAGCUAGCGAAGUCUUACAAGUCCCACCUCCCUACCCCAAUAAACUGAAAAUGAAAGAUAAUAGUCGGCAGUUCAAGAAAUUUUUGGACGUUUUGAAACAACUUCACAUCAACAUUCUCUUCGUUGAAGCUCUUGAGCAAAUUCCGAGCUAUAUGGAGUUCCUGAAAGACAUUAUUUUUAAUAAAAGAAGGCUGGAUGAAUUCGAAACCGUUGUGCUAACGCAUGAAUGUAGUGCACUGUUUAAAAAUAGCAUCUCGGUGAAACUAAAGGAUCUAGGAAGCUUCAUCUUGCCAUGUUCAAUUAGGGGAAAAGAAGUCGGCCAUGCGUUAUGCGUCUUGUGCGCAAGCAUCAACUUGAUGUCGUUAUCUAUCUUCAAGAAGUUAGGGAUAGGCGAAGCCAAGCCCACCACGGUAACCCUACAGCUCGCUGACCGAUCUAUAACGCAUCCUGAAGGGAAAAGCGAAGAUGUGCUUGUUCAAGUAGACAAAUUUAUCUUCCUUGUCGAUUUCAUUAUUUUGGAUUAUGAGGCGGAUGCUGAAAUUCCCAUCAUCUUGGGACAUCCAUUCUUGGCCACCGGGCGAGCAUUGAUAGAUGUACGGAAGGGAGAGCUGACCAUCCCUGUGGAUGAUCAACAAGUUAAAUUCAAUGUUUUUUAUGCUUUGAGAUACCCAGAUGAGCUGGAGACAUGUCAAUGCAUUGAUGUUGCGGAUAUUAGGCACUGGGAAUUGUUGAAGAAGGAACUAAAAGAGGAAGAAAAAGGCUUGGUCGUGGAAGAAGUUCGUGCAUUAAUAACACUUAACCAUGAUUUUGAGCCCUUGAAUCUGACUGAAUGA